AUGGAUUUCCAUUUGCCUGCGCUUACGCGCUACCUGGCCGAAACGAAAGUUGUGUCGCCGCGCACAGCGCAAGGGCCCACCGAGGAAGGGGGACAGCGGGACGCAUUACAACCCAGGACCUCGGAAGUAACGCGGGUGCUUUCAGACCACCUUGCAACCACUAUCCCACCGACACGGCUACCCAAGGCCGUUGAAGCUUACUAUCUUGGUCCAGGGGCGCGCGGCUAUCACCCCAUUGACCUGGAUGCACAGUACCUUGUGCCCUUUAACAAGGCGCUGCCGCAGUCCCAGUCUCAUUCCCCCUCACGUUCUCCCCCACGUUCUCCGCCACGUUCAUCUCCAUUGCUGGCCUCGCCCGAGCUCGACCCCGAUGCCGACCAUGCCGUGCGGCCCUUGGGACGCACCAGCAUGCCGCUUGCGCUCGGCCCGCCGCGUCACAGCUCCCUUACGAGCGGCCAAGUCGCCUGCAUCGUCACAGCCGCCGUCAACACGGCCCCCCUGGACUGGUCCUUCCUCUUCGGCAGCCCGCCGCCUCCAUCACCGCAGCACCCAGGGGCGCGGACCAGCUCCCUCUCCGCCGCUAUUGCCACCAAGCUCCACCCUGUCAAACUCGGAAGCAGCACUUCCAUCGGCGACGUCGCCGCCGCCGCUACCGCCGCCACCAGCACCGCCGCCACCGCUGGCACAGGGACAUCACCAACCGGCAGGAAAAGCUCGCUGCUGGUUCGGAAGCAGCCCCGCACUUCAGACGGCUUGUUCGGGCGGCGGGUGAACCCCUCGGUGGCGGCCAUGCCGCCGACGCCGGAGGCCAAGUUUUGCUCGGCGGUGAUGAACGUAAUGGAGCGUCUGGCGGCAACGCAGUCCAUUCAGACAGGCCGCUACCGGUCGCUGCGUUUGCAGGCCGCCGAGCACCGCGAGGCGAUCAUCAGCACGGUGACCAUGCCGCCGCCGCCCAAGACCGGCGCCUUCAGCUCCAAAGCCGCCGCCAACCGCCUGGCGACAGUGCUGCAGCGUAGCGGUGCCAGCCUGGACGACAUGCAGGCCAUCGUGCGUCAGAUCCAGCAGUUGAAGGGCCUGAGUGAUGACCUGCGCAACGCCGUGGCGCAGCAGUUCCAACUCUUCAGCUACCCUCCCGGGUCGUACCUGUACGAACAGAACUGCGCCUGUGACGAGGCGUUUGUGCUGAUCAGCGGAACCGUGAUGCUGCACGCGGAGGGCCGCCCACCACACCGUCUGCAAGCUGGCACCGUAUUGGGAAUGGAGCUGAUGCUGCGCCGCCAAACCGUGCCACUGACCGUCACCACUGACCCGCACUUCGAGGCACAGCUGGCCGUAUUGUCGUGGCAUUCGUACGAGGCCACCGUACGGCGGUGGGCAGCGGACAAGGUGGUGGCGCUUAUGCCGGAGCUGCAGGCGAGUCAAGUGGCACGGCUGAAGGCAGGCCUGAUGCGUGACAUAUCGUACGCCCAGCGCCAACCCGGCGAGGCGCUGUAUGUGGGCGGCCAGCCCACAGAACAUCUUGUACUGCUGGUACAAGGGCAGGUGCUAAUGGCGGCGCCCCUGGAGGCCAACACACUUGUGACGCAGGCGCAGAUGGUCUCCCAGCUGCGUGUCAUGAUAGGCCCCGCGGCCAGCUCCAUGGUACUCAACGAGAUGCCGCGUGCCGCUCUGCAAACACGCGGUGGGCUCCGCGGCGGCCUUAAGGGCGCCCAGCGGCCCAGCUUCGGGCCCUCCGGCUCGUCCGUGCGGCUAAGCGGCGACAGUGGCGGGGAUAGUGCCCCCGCCGCUGCUGCCGGCGGCAGCAUCGCCACGGUGAUCUCUGUUGAGUCCGGUGUUGGCGGCAGCGGUCGCCGUCGCCGCGGCAGCGACUCGGGCUUGGAGCUCGCAUCUAAGAAAGGGGUCACCGUGUCACCAUGGUCGCAGCCAGGGGAGGAGGGUGAGGGCAGCGACGGCGGCGCAGGAGGCUCUCUCAAGGACGGUGGCAGAAGCGGCGGCGGCAGGGUCCAGCAGCAGCGGCACGUCAGUUUGGUAAGGGCUCUGCGAAAUGGCAACAGCCGCAACGCUCGGCACGACGCUGGUGAGGCGGCCGGUGCCCGUGCUGAGGAUGCUGCCGGUGGCAGCGGCAAAGCGGCGUCUGCCGUUGAUGCCGCCACCGCCGCCGCUGACGGCGGCGAUUCUGCGUCGGAGGCGGCAACACCGCCGCCAGGCCCCGCGUCAGAGGACUCGGAGCCAUCCGUCGGAAGUACGGGUCGCGAGGAUGCAGCGGUGGAUGGUGGUGCGGCCGCAGAUGCCACAGGUGACGCGGAUAUAGCUGCUGCCGCCGCCGCCGUCGACGGCGGCGACAUGGAUCUAGAUCCGGAAGCAGAGCGCGAAUCUGCAAAGGAGUCCACAGCCGCGGCGGCGAGCCGAUUGUCGCGUGUCAGCCUCCGCUUCGCCGAUGCCGCCGACGCCGCCAGCACCGUUCAAACCGAAGCAGGGGGCGAUGUAGGUGUGGAGGCAUUUCAGACGGAGGCAUCGCCUGCUGACGCAGAGGCAUCAGGGCCGACCACAGCAGGGGUCCCUGCAGCCGGCCCCCAUCCCAAGUCUCUUCAUCCGCAGCCCGAAGAUCUGGUUCCGGAGCCGUCAAUGCUACCGGCCGUCAAUUCCUUUGACCUGGCAGCGGAUUCCCUACACGGAUCCUUGCACAUGCACGAAGCACUCAGCCCCGUGAAGGCGCUGCUGAGCGGCAGCACGAGCGUGGAUGUAAUUGCCGCGGAGGCUUCUUUUAGUAACGGGGCGGCGGCGGCGGCGAUUGCGACCGCAAAGACAGCAGACGGCUUCGCUUUCUCAGAGGAUACUGCCAACGGGGUCAGCGCCGAAUAUGGCAAUGAGCCAGCGGUACUGUGGACUGGCACACCAGCAGCGGCGGACGCGCAGGGGCAGGCGGACGCGGCGGAUGCGGGACAGGGUGGCAGCGACGUCGCGGCGCAAGCUGCAGCGGCGGCGGCUCCUCGGGGUGAAGGCUCCGGGGACAGCGUCGGCUCUGCAGCGGCAGCGCCGGGGCCAGAGAAUAGCAAGGGUGAUGCUGAUGCCGUUACUGCCGCCGCCGCGACGGACACGGGGGCUGCGCCUGGCAGCGCCGACACGCAGCGUUCGCUGCCGCCGAAAAGCGGCCUGCGCAGCAAGAUUGGCGGCGUCUCAUCGCACCUACAGCACGCCGUCAGCCGUAACGGCAGCCGCGGCGCGUCACCCUUCGCUAGUGGCGCAUCGUCACCGCGACCCGUCACACUGUCGCGUGGCGAUUCCCUCAACAAGAUUGCCACAGUCGGCAGUAGCCGAGGCGCCAACGGCAGCCGCGGUGACGAGUCCACAUCCUCAUCACCGCUGCGUAACAGCCAGCGAGGCUUGUCGAGCUUAGCAUCUGCGGAAGGGAAGAUAAGGCCUGUCAGCCAGGGCGCGCUGAGCGAAAGCUCCGUACGUCAGCGGCGGCCAUCGUCGCCGACAUCUGAAGCCCCAAGCAUUGACGAACGCCGACCUGAAUCCACGACAUUGCUCGUACAUCCCAUUCUGCCGCCACCGGCACCGCCACCACCAUCGUCGAAGCCGCGGCUUACGGACUCCGAUGACGAUGGCGAGGCCGCGGCGGCCGCAACCGCCGCUGGAGGCGGCGGCAAGCGUACUCCUAUUACCGUUCGGGGAAGCGGUGGCGGCCGCAGGCGCAGCUCCGAAGCCGCUGAUGCCGACAUGGCGCGUGCCAGUACGGAAGGGCAGCCGCCGACGCCACCCCCUCAGUCGCCACCGCCAGCGGCUGCGCCACCGCCGCUGCAUCAGCCCCGUCAGCAGCCGUCACGGAUGUCCACUACCGCAGGCCCGCGGGCAACAGCGGCGGCGGACUCGGAUUCAAACGUCGACUAUUCGGUUGCGUGUGUAAGCGGCACCGCAUUGCCCCCAACAGGAGCUGCUAAUCGCAAAGCAGGCGCACGUUCAGGCCGCAAUGCGGCGCCCGAACGUGCCAAUCUCCACCCUUGGCCUCGUCGGGGUGGCGGUGGUGUAGGUUCGCGGAAGCAGAGGGAAAGCGAGCUCCUCGUCUCGCCCGGCGCGUCUGUCAGCCCCGGCGGUGGAGGCCCUGGCGGCGCCAUCACCGGCGCAUCGCAGCCGCUGGCUAAUGCGCUGGCGUCGCAAUGCAAGCUGCACCAGCAUCGCGUCGUGGCGGUGUACGGCGCACCUGUCGUAUUUUGCGAGGAGGCUCUGCCGGAGACGAAGGAGCCUGACGCGCUGAAGCCAUCCAAGCCGCUCACGGCACACAGCGCGGUGGCGCUUCAGCGCUGCGAAUACAUCCUCAUCCCGGCGGCGCUGCUGCGGUCGUUGCUGCCGGCGGAGGCUCUGCCGCAGCUGGCGGAGGCGGCGGUGGCGGCGCAGCGGCGGCUGGUGACGGCCAGCGGCCACGUGGAGGAUACCGGACCGGUGACCUGGCCCGCAGCCGCCGACAAGAUCCGCGCCAUUUUGUCCACCUCCACCCCGGGCCAUCGACAGCCCUGGCAAGUGGAGCUGCUGGCGCAAGCAUUCAGCCACCUUCCCGCCUUCUCCAGGCUGACGUGGCAGGUCCGAUUACGUGUGUUUCAAGACCUGGAAUACCGCAAGCUGGAACCUGGGGAACAUCUGGACUUGGCCAAGCUGGAGGUGACGGAGCUUCCGCCGCGGGCUUCCGAAAUCAGCUACCGCAAGUCAUCCGCAACUGCGGAAGGUGCUCCGGACGCCAGGAGUAGGAGCAGUGGCGACUCCGCCGUUGCUGACGGCAGUACGCCGCCGGACGACGCGGCCACGGCUGCGCCACCAGAAGCACGAUCACUCGACCGAGCCGAGGCCGAGGCGGGAGUGGAGGCGGCUGAUGCCGCGGUGGCGCUGAACGCGGAUACGGGUGUGGCGGCAGUGGUGCGACGGCCGACAGUGGGGAUGCCUCGGCCAUCUGAGGCGCCGUCAUCGCUGCCAUCCCGCAGUCCCAGCUACACCGGAGAUAUGCCGGAGCCGCCGCCGUACGACCCAGCGGCGACGUCGACGGCGGGCUGGAAUUCCGUCAUGGGAAGCGCCGCUGGUAAGCCCGGGAGUAGAGGCUCUAACGUCACAGGAGCCGCAACUGACGACGGCGCCAAAGUCCCCGAUCUGCAGCAGCUUCCGCCGACGCCGCCGACGCCAGCUUCAGCGCCGUCGUUGACGUUGUUGCCGCCGUCAACGACUGGCGGCAAGAAAUCCUGGGCGGAAAAAUACGGCAGCCGUCGCGCCAUCGGCGCCGCUGGCGCCUCCGGCGAUGCAACACAAGCCGGCCGCGACGAUGCGGAGGCAGAGGCAAGGGCGGAGGUGGAGCAGGCGGAGGCGGAUGGAGUGGCUGAGGCAGCGGCCGCUGGCGAGUCGGAGGAACGAGCGCAUGCAGUCUCGAUGACUCAGCUACCUGAGGUACCCAUAGCUGCCAGCGCCGACAAAUUCCCUGCUGUCGACGGAGGGCUUGACUUGGACGCGACAGGGGGGUUGGCGGAGACCUCGAGCGAACCGUCAGCGGGCACCCUGCCCAGGGAGGCAUCUGCUGCCGUAUACACGGCGUCGCCGUCCUGCCGGAGCCCUACAUUCGCGGGGACGAGUUCUCGAUCCGCAUCGGAGCCGGGCGAUGUGGGGUUGGCGGGGCCCGCCGCCGGCAACAACACCGAGGUUCUGGAGCCGUACACCUCGCGUCGCCUGUCCAACGCACCUGGUGUCCCGCACCCCGUCGAGGCGCUGUUCAAUCCGUGUGAGGAGGAGCCGCUAAUACCCUCCCUGGCGCUGCGGCGGCGGGAAAGCGCCGCCGAUGACAGCAAAAGCGGUGAUGGCGACGACAAGGGAUCACCGUUCGCCACGGCCAGGGCGGCGGCCAUGGCAACGACUAGCGGUCAGCCAACGGCAGACGCGGUGGCGGCAGCGAAGGGUUUACAUGGAUCACACGACAGCAGUGCCGAUGGCGGCGGCGGCGGCGGUAUUGAAUUUCCGGUGUUGCCAGAUGGGCCCAUCAAUUCUCCGAAGUUACUGCCACGCGCUGCAAGUUCGAACGCAUCGGAGCAACAGCGCGGCGACACGGCUGAAACCGUUGGAACCAUGGAUUCGGAGCCGCCGUCUACAUCGCCUUACAGCACGAACAGAAGACAGCGCGGCGGCACCGCCGAAACCGUUGGGACCAUGGAUUCGGAGCCGCUAUCGUACAGCGCGAGCAGCAUCCUGCCGUCGACGCCGCAGGGGGACAGCUUUGUUGCAAUGUCGGUCCUGGCGAUGCCGACGGAGGGUACGGCGCGCGGCGGCAAUACGGUCGCGCCGCCGUCUAAGGAGCGGUUGACGGCGAUCGCGCCGCGCAGGUCGGGUACGCAGCCGAGGCGAGAAGCUGUAGUGGAGAAGCUUGAUGACAGGACUUACUGGUGCCUGAGUGGAACCGUAGUUCUGGAGGCGAUGCUGCUACCCGAGGAAUCGGACUCAGCCGAGCGCUCCAGCUCCUCACUCCGUUCCGAUAAUGACCGGCGUCACAGCCAAAGCCGCGGCCACCGACACAGCCUCAGCCACGGCCAUGACCCCAGCCACGGCCACGGCCACGGCCACGGCCACGGCCACGGCCACGGCCACGGCCACGGCCACGGCCACGGCCAGGGUCAGGCUCAGGAUCAAGGCCACAAUAAAAAUCUUGACAAGACGCAUGAAAAGGACCACGACGAGAGGGAGGACCACCCGGCACAGCCGCGGCAGCUGCAGGUGGCAAAUCCGGGCGAUGCUUUCAGCGGUGUAGCGAUGGCUGAGGCCGCCGCCGCGGCCUUCUCCUCGUCGCCGGCGGCCGGAGGCCAGCAGCAGCAGCAAUCGGCGGUGGAACCGCCGCCGCAGGAGCUGCAGCAGCAGUUGCUACAGGUGCUACCGCUGGGCAGCAGCGUGCUGCGUGCGCGUGUGGUGGCGGCCGCGGAGGCGGGGCCCCCCGCCGCUGCCGGCGCUGCCGCUGGCACAGCUGCUGGUGCGGAGGUGCUGUGCAUGAGCCGCACCAUGUUCGAGUUGCUGUCAAACGGCAUUGGUCGCAGCGUACCGCCGGGGGUGUUGCCGGUGCUUGCCCGCCACGUGGACUGGCUGAUGGGUGUGGAUCUGCAGGCCCUCGCCACUGACCUGACAGGGCAUUACCGCCUGGAAGAGCACAAGCAGGGCACGGAGCUUCUCCGUGCUGGGGAGGCGGCGCCCGUGGUGUUCCUGGUGGCCUCGGGCGAGUACACGCUCGUGGUAUCGUCGUCCAGCGCCAAGGUCAUCUCUCUGGACAUGCCCGCGCUGCGGACCUGGCUGCUGACGUCGCCGCUGGGCCGCGCCGCUGCGGCGGACGUGGUGGCCGCUGUGGCGGAGGUGGACAUUGCCUUGUACGGCAGGGCCGUCAAGCAGAUCGCCGUGCAGGUGCUGAGCGAGAAGUUGGAGCUGUCGCUGUUCAACGCGCCCAUGAAGAAGAUCCUUCGCCGCGUUAUGGACGACGACGGCCCAGAGCUGGAAGCCAUUUUGGAGCGCCACCAUGAAAGGGAGCGCCAGCAGCAGCAGCAGCAGCAGGACGCCAAGGAGGGCGGCAAAGGCGGCAAGGAGGGCGGCAAAGGCGGCAGCAGCGCCAGUGGCGCUGCCGCUUCCACUGCCAAGCGGCCCCGCGAUGUGGUCCUGGAGGGAUGGAACCAGGUGGAGGCCAUUGCGGCGUCCCUGGCACGGCCGUACGACCCCCAGGCGCAAUCCUGGGAGCUCAUUGCGCAGGCCCGCUACAACGCCUCCCGCGUCAACCACAGCCGCUACCUGGAUUCCCUGCUGGCCGCCUCCCAGCUCACCACCCAGGAGGACCGCAGCGGCCACCCCACCGGGGACCAGCGGAUCGCAAUGCCUGCACACGGCCUGGAGGCGGAGGCCAUGGCGGAUCCGGGGCCGGUGCGCCAGGCGAGGCAGUUCGACGUCCGGACCGUGCCCAAGGACCUCCGAGGUUCAGAAGUGGAGACCUCCCGUCUCAGCUGGGACUGCUCCUACGUGCCCCUACAUGAACUGACAACCAUGAUGAGCGCACAGGUGCACGUCAAACAGGCAGUGGCGCUGCAGCUGCUGCGGCCAGUAAACCACCCGAGCCAACAGCUGGUCCAACCGCAGCCGCCGCACCACCGCGGGGAACAGCAUGAUCAGAAACAUGAGUCAGCAUCAUCGCCGCCGCAGCAGCAGCUGCGACCGCCAGGCACUAGCGCCGUCAUUGGCGCCUCAAAUUGCUUGCUCGCGAACAAAGCCGCCGCAACCACUAGCAUUGUACGACAGCACGGUAGCGGUGCGGUUACCAGCAUCAGCACCUCCCUCUCCACAGCCAUCAGCGGCGGGAGCCCGUCAUUGGCGUCGCCGCUCCGUGCAUCCGUCACGCUGAUCCCCACGGCGCCUUGGGAUGCCAAGGGACGGCUGCUGCGCGCCCGCGGCUCCGUCACCGCCGACGACUGGCGCUUGACGACGUCGCCCAGCCGGCUGGCGCGCGAGCGCGCAGCGGCGCAGUCGCCUUCCGCCUGGUCUAUGGCCCCACUGGGCGCCCUCGCCGGACCGUCGCCUAGCAACCUCAGUCUCGGGGCUUCCUGCAACUCCCUGGUGCUGCUGGACCCCGAGAUACGCGCACAGCCGGACACGGCGCCGCUGCCGGAAGAGAUGCCGUCAAUGACGACGGCGGCGGCGAGCCCGCGGAACCCCCAUGGAUACCGCGACUCGGCGGCGGUGGUGGGUGCGCCCGCCGCUGCCGCCGCUGCGGAGGCAGCGCCGCUGCAGGAGCGCGUGCACCGGCUGGCGGCGACGGCGUCGAUGGAGAGCCCUUUUAACAACAGGACGCCGCAUCUGGACUUGAUCCCGGAGGACCGGUCGUACAUGCCGUUGAUGCAGUCGUUGGAUCUGGGCUCGUCGCCGCGGGCGCCGCCGACCGCGAGGGCCCUGCCGCCGCUGCCGCAUCCGCACGAUUCUGGAGCGCUGUUUCGACGGGCCGAGGCGGUGGAUGACCCCGCGAGGUCGUUCUGGGUUCGCGACAAGCUGCAUGACCCUCAGGGUCUGGCGGAGAGCACCAUGACGGAUGCGGCGGCGCGUGCUGUGGGACAGGCCGCCGCCGCAGCAGCAGCAGCCAACAGCGCCCACGGCACGGGGUCGCCACGGCCCGACGAGGUUGCCGACGCCGCCAGGCGUAGCGUCGGCGCCAACGUAUUGAUGGCGGCGGAGGCCCGUACGGGUCUAACGUCAGGCAAUCGGUCGCUGCGGCUGCAGCCGCUGCGGCGCAAGGCCUCCAGGCAAGGUCCGGGGGGAUCUGCUGCGGUUGCCGCGGCCGCUGCGGCGGCCGUGGCGGCAGCGGCGGCGGCGGCGUCUGGAACAGCCCGCGGGGGAUCUGCUGGCGGAUUGAUGGAUCGCAGUGAGAGCAGAGGGACAGCGGCCGAGGUGGCAGCGGCAGAGGUGCGGUCGACGGCGCCUGUUAACCCCGAGAUGCUGUACGUCACGUUAGAGCUGCCCGAGGCGCCCAAGAUCCUGCCGGAGUUCCCGUCACCCGCUGCACAGCGAGAGGCGGCAGAGGCAGCGGAGGCAGCGGAGCGUACGGCACGGGAGGCUCGCAUGGCCGCCGCCAUCGCCCAUCCCAGCACGCGGCCCCUACUCAUAAGGCCCGAUAUGAAGUACGUACCGCAGUACCUGCGGCAGCGGCAGCGGGCACCCGUGAUCCCGCUCCCUUCGCGGCCGCUGCCGGAGGGUGCGUCGGAGAACUGGGUCGUACCGUCGUACAACAGUGAAGUGGGCUUCCAAGACGGCUUCUACGACGAGAACAGUCAAGUCAUUUACUUUGAUUGA